AUGGGAACGGGAAUCGUCAACCCAGCUCGUGGCCUACGAUGCAAUCCGGGAAUGGGUCGUCAGCGACAAACGAUACCGCGGCCACGCCGGAAAGAACAAGAGGCGACAUCAAAGGGAGCCCGAUUUUCCCAAGAGAUAUGCCGGUAUCUACGGCCCCAGAAAUCGGCCCGACCAGAGCAACACAGCCCCGAGCAAGCAAGUCGAGAGCUUUGGUACGAAUCCAGUCUGGAUAGGCUGCGACGCAAGGGAGCAGAAAUGUGGGCGGAAAACGGGACAUUCAAUGUCCAUGUCGGAUCAGCCAAAUGGCGCUUAGUGGACACCACUUCACGCGGCGGAACGUGGUGCGUCGUAAGUGGGAAACGCGGCUAUAUUUAUGUGUGUGCGUGGGACAUGUGUGUAAACCUCUCGGCGUGCAAUAAACAGCGUUCUCCCCUACCGUGUCGUUCUCGCUACACUGGUGCCGUGACCAGGAUGAAAGUGCCGUGGCCUGCUCAAUUUUCGGGGGGAGACGCGGAGGCUUGGUUGGAUGAGUUCGAAGGGAUCGCGGCUUGCAACGGACUUAAAGGGGAUGCAAACCUGCUUACGGCCUUGGGCACGCUGUUAUCCGGAAGAGCAAAAGCGACGUACCUGCUGGCGCGGAAGUCGAAAGCUGGGUGCUCGUUUAACGAAGUAAAGGCAGCGUUGUGCGCGGAGUUUGCAAAGGAGAUAGACCGACAGAAGGCCCUGGAAAAAUUUCACUCAGCAAAAUGGGAAGAACAGGACGAUUUGAUGACAUUUUUCCAGCAACUGGAUAGGAACUUGACGAUUGGGCUACCCGAAUUAGAUGCGGCCGCCAAAGAAAGACUAUUGAAAGGACAAUUGAUUCAGAGCCUGCCGAAAGCCCUCCAGGAUCAAGUGAAGCUGGCAUCGAUGGUCGGGGUGAUCAAAGCGGAGGAGCUUGUGACAGUGGCGCAGAGUUUGGCGGAGCCGUUGACCAUGGCCAGAAUCAAACCGUCGGAACUUGAACGCAAGGUGGACCAACUGACACAGAUGGUGCAGAGUUUAUUGUCGGGAAAUACACCAAGGAUGGAAACGCAACACAAUGUCUAUGGAAGCCGAAAUGGCCGUCGCUGUUUUCGGUGCAACCGCAGUGGCCAUCUGGCUAGAUACUGUACGAACGCAAACCUUUCUCAUUGUUUUUCCUUAUUCAUUCCUAAUAAGUGGAGGGUGCCUGUGGUAGACGUCAUAAUUCAGGGGAUGCCAGUUCGAGCGGUAGUAGAUACAGGGGCGGGGGCGUCAAUUACAAAAAGAUGUGAUGCGGUUCCCUUAGACCAAUCGUCAGUCUCGUUGCAAACGGUCGGAGGCCAUCAGUUGAAGGUAGCGGGCGUGCAACGGUUACAAUUGAGAAUAGGAGAGACGUGUAUUAGCCAUUUAAUGUUCGUUGUGGAGGGUGAAACGGAAACAAUAAUCGGUAAUGAUAUCCUAAAACGACUGGGCGCUAGAAUUGAUCUGGGAAAGGAUGUGAUUUUCCUGGGCGGCGAAGCAAUCAACCUUAACGCAGGAAAAAGUGCUCGAGUUGGGGCCGUAUCUGUUUUGCCUAAUUGCUCAAGUCGUACAAUACGGGAAAAGCUAGGGAGGUACGCGCACUUGUUCACGGACGCGAAUGACGAAUACGGCUUCUGUAACUGGAUGGAACAUCGGAUACCGCUGGUCCCAGGGGGACGAUGUAAACCAAUAUUCAGGAGAAUUCCGCCAAAGAUCCUACCUGAGGUGCAGAGGCAAGUGGCAGAGAUGGAGGCAAAAGGCAUUAUUCGGCGCGCAAGCAGCCCGUAUUCGUCGCCAGUGUUGUUGACAAGGAAAGCUGACGGUACAUACCGAUUCUGCAUUGAUUUCAGAGAGCUGAACAAAGUAACUGUGAAGGAUGCGUUUCCGAUGCCACAGAUGGAGGAAAUUUUUUCCAGUCUGCACAACGCCAAGCUGAUCUCGUUAAUAGACCUCCGCUCGGGAUAUUGGCAGUUGCCCAUUGCAGAGGAGGAUCGUCACAAAACAGCUUUUAGUGUAAACGGUCAGCAGUACGAAUUUUUGAGAAUGCCAUUUGGGUUGUGCAAUGCCCCCGCCACAUUCAGACGACUGCUGCUAAUGAUUUUGGAAAACCUCCAAGGAGUGGUAGUUUACGGAGACGACAUCGUGAUAUUCUCCGAAACCGAACAUGAGCAUGGUAGCAGACUCGCGGCCGUACUACAACGACUGGAGGAAGCCGGUUUGAAGCUUAGCCGUAAGAAAUCACAGAUAGCCCAGAGGUCGAUCGUGUGCUUGGGUCACAUCGUGGGGAACGGUGAAAUCCAACCGCUGCCAGAGAAACGGGAAACGAUCCAGAAUUUUCCAGCCCCUAAAUCCAAACGCCAGCUUCGUUCCUUCCUGGGAGUUGUGGCAUAUGAUUCAAAAUUCGUCCCUCACUUUGCAGAGACCAUCAGUCCAUUAUUGAAGUUGCUGCAGAAGGAUCAACCAUUCAUGUGGUCAACCGAGGCAGAGGGAGCAUUCAAUCACAUCAAAACAUGCAUGGCGGAAUCUCCAAAGUGCUUGCGGUUACCCAAUCCGAGUGAAAAAUUUACGGUGGCAGUUGAUGCUAGCGACGUCGCAAUCGGUGCGGUACUUUCCCAGCCAUCGGGGGUCGUAGAAUAUGCCAGUCGAGUGCUGACGAGUGCCGAACAGAAGUACUCAACAACAGAGAAGGAAUGUCUAGCUAUGGUAUGGGCUCUGGAGAAGUGGAGGACAUACCUGUUGGCGAAUGAAUUCCAUGUCUUGACGGACCACAAACCGCUCUCAUGGUUGAUGACAACGAAGGAUCCGCGAGGACGUCUUGCACGAUGGGCAUAUCGACUUCAAGAAUUUACCUUCACCAUCGGACACGUGGAUGGGACGAAGAAUGUGCUACCGGAUAUGCUGUCGCGACCGUUGUUGGACGACGCCAUACCUGACACUGCGAUACCGGAAGGAUGA